AUGAUUCAGAGACACACGCUGUUUCAAAACCUCCCCAGCUGUGAGCGGCGGCCCAGCGGGGGCGGUGCCAGCCGGGACGGGUCAGCGCAGUGGGCUAAAGUUGCCGGUUUGAAUCCCCAGAUAGCGUCUGCACAGCGGAAACCUCUAAAAUGUCCGGAUGGAUUCGACUGUCUGAAGGCAGGGAGGAACCCAAACUACGGCUACACCAGCUUCGACACCUUCGGGUGGGCCUUCCUGUCCCUGUUCCGCCUGAUGACACAAGACUACUGGGAAAACCUCUACCACCAGACGCUGCGAUCGGCCGGUAAGACCUACAUGGUGUUCUUCGUGGUGGUGAUCUUCCUGGGCUCCUUCUACCUGGUGAACUUGAUCCUGGCUGUGGUUGCAAUGGCGUACGAAGAGCAGAACCAGGCGACCAUCGCAGAGGCGUGUCAGAAGGAGCGAGAGUUUCAGGUGGCCAUGGAGAGGCUGAAGAGGGAGCAGCAGGCGGCUGCUCAAAAACUUCUGGACUCAGACUCGAUAAUGUCACCAGAACUCUCUCCAUUCGCUCUACCAUUGGACGUCAUGGAGGAGAGGAGGCGGAGCCAAGCACUGAUGGGAGUGGCUGAUGUGGAGGGUAACCUAUCAGAGGAGAAACUGCUGCAGGUGGACCUGACGGAGGGCGGGAAGCCGCUCCACCCACUCCUCGGCCGCUCCUUCUCCACCAGGACGCGGCGGAGCAGUCAGGUCUCCUCCAUCUUUAACUUCCGUCUGAGGAGCCGGGGAUCGGAGGGGGAGAUGGCGGACGACGAGUACAGCGUGCCGGGUGACGUGGUGGAGGGGGUCGGGGGUCGGACGUACAGUGGGGGGACUUUCAGCGGCAUCCUGCCCCACCCUUGGCCCAAACGACGGCUGAGCACCUACAGCACCGCCAGCCGGAACUCCCAGGUUUUUUAUCCGACUCUAAACGUCAACGGGAAGCUGUUUGUUGCCAUGGAUCAGAACGGGGUUUCCUCACCGCCGCUACAGGGGCAGCUGCCUGCGUGCACUAUGGAGAAGGUCAAGGAGGAGAGUGUCCCCACGUCCACCACCGAGCUCAGCACCAUGCUGCUCCCUCGUCCUUCGUCCACGCAGGACUCGGAGCGGAGGGGGAGAGCGCUCAGUGCCGCCAGCUACCUCACCGACGCCAUGGAAGAACUGGAGGAGGCUCAUAAGAAGUGUCACCCGUGCUGGUACGCCUUCGCCCACCGUCACCUGGUGUGGGAGUGCUCCCCCUCCUGGCUGAGGCUGAAGCAGCUGGUGAAGAUCAUGGUGAUGGACCCCUUCCUGGACCUCGCCAUCACCAUCUGCAUCGUCCUCAACACGCUCUUCAUGGCCAUGGAGCACUACCCCAUGACCGACGAGUUCAACCUCAUGCUGAGUAUAGGAAACCAGGUGUUCUCGGCGAUCUUCACAUUGGAGAUGGUGUUGAAGAUCAUCGCUCUGGAUCCGUACUACUACUUCCAGACGGGCUGGAACAUCUUCGACAGCAUCAUCGUCUGCCUCAGCCUCAUGGAGCUGGGCCUGUCGGACGUGGAGGGGCUCAGUGUGCUGCGAUCCUUCAGACUGCUCCGUGUCUUCAAACUCGCCCGUUCGUGGCCCACCCUCAACACGCUAAUCAAGAUCAUCGGCAACUCCAUGGGCGCUCUGGGCAACCUGACGCUCGUCCUCGCCAUCAUCGUCUUCAUCUUCGCCGUGGUCGGCAUGCAGCUGUUCGGUAAAAACUACCAGGACUGCGUGUGUAAGAUUUCGAAGGACUGCGCUCUUCCUCGCUGGCACAUGAAGGACUUCUUCCACUCCUUCCUCAUCGUCUUCAGGGUCCUGUGCGGCGAGUGGAUUGAGACCAUGUGGGACUGCAUGGAGGUUGCUGGUCAACCGCUCUGCAUCCUGGUCUUCAUGCUGGUCAUGGUCAUCGGGAACCUGGUGCUGUUGAACCUCUUCCUGGCUCUGCUCCUCAGCAGUUUCAGCUCAGACAACCUGUCGGCUCCGGACGACGACGGCGAGAUGAACAACCUGCAGAUCGCCAUCCACAGGAUCACCAGAGGCAUGGGCUGGUGCCGCAGACAGGUGGUGGAUUUCUUCAACGGGAACCUGAAGCGGCGGCGACAGAAGAGGAAAGAGGCCAAAGCCAUGAUGAAGCUCAAACGGCUGAGCACCAUCCACACGGAGGCCAAUGGAGCCGUCAUCGGUCGUCACGUAGAGAAGUACGUGGUGCCGGAGGAGGACAGCUACAUGACGAAUCCAAACCUGACCAUCAGCGUCCCCAUCGCCCCCGGAGAGUCCGACGUGGAGUUUCCAGAGGAGGAAGAGGAGGAGGGGGAGGAGGAGCAGAGCGAGGGCUCCGAGGAGGAAGAGGAGGAGGAGAGGGAAGAGUACUUCACUACAUCACGCUUCGGACACGCUUUCUGUGGAACCAAGACUUUAGAGUCUAGACUAAGCUUCUCCUUGGGGGGGGGGUCACAGAUCUCAGUGGUGGGCCUGCUGGCUCAGUACAUCUCUGUGGACCAGAUCACCGCCAUGCGGGUGCUGAGGACGUUCAGGGCCCUCCGUCCUCUCCGGGCUGCGUCCCGCUUCGCUGGUAUCAGGCUCGUCCAGGUCUCGUUGGUCAGUUUGGUCGCUAACACGUUGGGUUAUUCAGACUUUGCAGCCAUCAAGUCCCUGCGGACGCUGCGGGCACUGCGGCCCCUCAGAGCCCUCUCCAGAUUUGAAGGCAUGAGGGUUGUGGUGAACGCUCUGAUCGGGGCGAUUCCCUCCAUCAUGAACGUGCUCCUGGUCUGCCUCAUCUUCUGGCUCAUCUUCAGCAUCAUGGGCGUCAACUUGUUCGCCGGGAAGUUCGGCCGCUGCGUCAACCGCACCGGUUACAUCUACGAGGCCGCCUUCAUCAACAACAAGUCGGACUGCGAGGCGCUCAACGACACCUCGCAGUACUACUGGACCAAAGUCAAGGUCAACUUCGACAACGUGGGGGCCGGAUACCUCGCUCUGCUGCAAGUGGCAACAUUCAAAGGCUGGAUGGAGAUCAUGUACGCAGCGGUGGACUCCAGAUCUGUGGAGGAACAGCCCAUCAAAGAGAUCAACCUGUACAUGUACCUCUACUUUGUCAUCUUCAUCAUCUUCGGCUCUUUCUUCACUCUUAAUCUCUUCAUCGGUGUCAUCAUCGACAACUUUAACCAGCAGAAGAGAAAGUUAGGAGGACAGGACAUCUUCAUGACGGAGGAGCAGAAAAAAUACUACAACGCCAUGAAGAAGCUGGGAUCCAAAAAACCUCAGAAGCCGAUCCCCAGACCUACGAACUCUCUGCAGGGCUUCUUCUUCGACCUGGUGGGGAAGCAGGCGUUCGACAUCAUCAUCAUGGUGCUGAUCCUCUUCAACAUGAUCACCAUGAUGGUGGAGACGGACGAGCAGUCGCCUCAGAUGGAGAACAUCCUCAACAAAAUCAACCUGGCCUUCAUCAUCGUCUUCACCAUCGAGUGCCUCAUCAAGAUCAUGGCCCUGCGAUGUUACUUCUUCACCGUGGGCUGGAACAUCUUCGACUUCGUGGUCGUCAUCCUCUCCAUCGUCGGUAUCGUGCUGGCUGACAUCAUCGAGAAGUACUUCGUGUCGCCCACGCUGUUCAGAGUGAUCCGUCUGGCUCGUAUUGGUCGGAUUCUGCGUCUCAUCAGAGGCGCCAAGGGCAUCCGGACGUUACUGUUUGCUCUCAUGAUGUCCCUCCCUGCUCUCUUCAACAUCGGGCUCCUCCUCUUCCUGGUCAUGUUCAUCUAUGCCAUCUUCGGCAUGGCCAACUUCGCCUACGUGAAGCGGCAGGCAGGUAUCGACGACAUGUUCAACUUUGAGACGUUUGGGAACAGUAUGAUCUGCUUGUUCCAGAUCACCACCUCGGCAGGCUGGGACAGUCUGCUCAGUCCGAUCCUCAACAACUCCCCGGAGGAGUGCAACCCCAACAUCCCCCACACGGGCACCACCGUACGGGGGAACUGCGGGAACCCGUCAGUGGGCAUCACCUUCUUCGUCACCUACAUCAUCAUCUCCUUCCUCAUCGUGGUGAACAUGUACAUCGCCAUCAUCCUGGAGAACUUCAGCGUGGCCACAGAGGAGAGCACCGAGCCGCUGAGCGAGGACGACUUCGAGAUGUUCUACGAGGUUUGGGAGAAGUUCGACCCCGAGGCUACGCAGUUCAUCGAGUACGCCAAACUUUCAGACUUUGCCGACUCGCUGUCGGAGCCGCUUCGCAUUGCCAAGCCUAACAAGAUCAAACUGAUCUCCAUGGACCUGCCCAUGGUCAGCGGGGACAAGAUCCACUGCUUGGACAUCCUCUUUGCCUUCACAAAGCGAGUCCUGGGGGAGUCCGGCGAGAUGGAUGCCCUGAAGCAGCAGAUGGAGGAAAAGUUCAUGAUGGCCAACCCGUCCAAGAUCUCCUACGAGCCGAUCACAACCACCCUGAGGCGGAAACAGGAAGAGGUCUCUGCCACAGUGAUCCAGAGGUGCUACCGCAGACACCUGGUCAGGCGGCAGAUGAAGGCCGCUUCCUACUUGUACCGCCAGAUCACCACCCCGCGGCACGUCGGGGCGGAAGGGGAGGACGGCGGAGGCGAAGGAGCGUUCAUGGAGGAUGCACCGGAGAAAGAAGGGCUGAUCGCCGCCAUGAUGAGGGAAAACUACGGUUCCAGUUUGUUAGGGUUGGAGCGCUCCGAGACUAUUUCCUCCACCUCGUCGCCGCCGUCCUACGACAGCGUCACGCGAGCCACAUCGGAGAUCUUUCACCCGCUCGCAGUAAAGACAGAAACGGUAACUGUAGAGACGGAAGGAAGCGAACCGAGCAAACAAUCACCGUCAGCGGUUGACCCCGACGGACAGCAGGGGGCGGUACCAUAG